AUGUCCGCCCGGGCCCUUUGGGCACCGGACUUGUCCGGGCUCGACCAUAGUGGGCGCGGGCGCACGGGCGCGCGUGCGGCCGUGGGCGCGCACGAGCGCGCGGACGGGCUCGGUCGCCGCGCGGGCGAGCGCGGGCGCUGGACCUGGACGCGGCCAGCCGGGGCCACGGCAAGGGGGGAGGAUUCGCCGGCGUGGCAGCGGCGAGGCCACGGUAGGGCAGAAGGGGAGGAGCAGGGCGCGGGCGCCGGAGCGCCAGAGGUGGCCAUGGGCGUGGGGCGUCGCCUGCGCGUGGGGAAGGAGGCCGCAGCGACGGGACAGGGGGCGGCCGGGGUGAGGCCACGACGGGCGCAGGCCUUGGCGGCCAGAGCGAAGGAGGGGGCCGCGGGGGCGCGGGCCGGCGGCCAGGUGCGGGUGUGCGCGACGGGGCAUAACGGGGCGGGGCCGGGCGGAGCUGCGGGAGGAGGUGCGGUGGCGGGGCGGCCAAACGCACGAGCAGGGGCGGAGAGGAGCGCCGGCGGCGGGGCGAGGCCGGCGCGCGGCUGA